UCGGAUUUGAUAUUAUUUUUUGCGAAUGAUGUGUCGGUUCUUUAUACGAGUUAAUCCGUAGCACGCCAUGCUAAGGAUUAAACUGGGCGGUUGUCAGCAUCAUUGCUCGAUUCGUCAGUCAUACCAACCGUCCGUCCUCAACUUCCUCCAGCCCUCCACUCCAUUAUUCCCAUCCAAGCAAGAGCUCGUGCCACUCUGCUACAGCCAACAACAAGCUACACAGCCAAGCGAAACAUGAAGAAGACCGUCAUCCUGUACCCGGGCCUCUCCGUCAGCCACUUCGUCCCCAUGGUGGAGCUCGCCGACGCCCUCCUUGCGGAGGGCUACGCCGUAGUCGUCGCGUACAUCGACCCCACCCUGAAGGAGGACAUCGCCUUGCCCGCCGUCGUCGACCGCCUCGCCGCCUGCAAGCCGUCCGUGGCCUUCCACAGGCUCCCACGGAUCCAGGACGCACCCGCCUUCGCCCACGGCGUCAGUUUCCUCGCCAGCUACCUGGACUUCGUGGGCAGGUUCCACGAGCACCUCCGCAACUUCCUCCUGUCCAUGCCGCCCGGCAGCGUCCACGCCCUGGUCGUGGACAUGAUGUCCGUCGGGGUCCUCGGCGCCACCUGCGAGCUCGGGAUCCCAGGCUACACCUUCUUCCCCUCGAACGCCUCCGCGCUCGCCACGGCCGUCCAGGUCUCGUCGAUCCGUGCGGAAGGCCGGCCGGGUCUCUGGGAGCUGGGAGACGCGCCUCUCGACUUCCGUGGCGUCCCGCCCGUGCCGGCUUCGCAUCUCACCGCCGAAGUGCUCGAGGAUCCAGGGAGCGAGGUGUACAGGGCGGUGGCGAACAUGUUCGCCAGGAUACGAGAAUCCCAAGGGAUUCUAGCGAACACGUUCGGGUCGCUCGAGCCCCGUGCGGUGGGAGCCCUUUGCGACCCACGGUUUUCCCCCAAAAUGCCUCCGCUGUACUGCGUCGGGCCGCUGGUCGCCGGGUCCGGCGAGGCGAAAGAAGAGGAAAAGCACGAGUGCCUGGCAUGGCUCGACGAGCAACCGGAGCGCAGCGUGGUGUUCCUCUGUUUCGGAGGCACGGGCGCCGGCAACCACUCGGUGGAGCAGCUGAAGGAGAUGGCCAUUGGGCUUGAAAACUCCGGGCACCGGUUCCUGUGGGUGGUGCGAGCCCCUCCCUCCGGCGACGACCCGGAGAAGCCGUUCGACCCCCGCGCCGACCCAGACCUGGACGCCCUUCUGCCCGAGGGGUUCCUGGAGAGGACCCGCGGCGGCGGCCUCGUCGCCAAGCUGUGGGUGCCGCAGGUGGAGGUGCUCCGCCACGCGGCGACGGGAGCGUUCGUGACGCACUGCGGGUGGAACUCGGUGCUGGAGGGGAUCACCGCGGGCGUGCCGAUGCUGUGCUGGCCUCUGUACGCGGAGCAGAAGAUGAACAAGACGUUCAUGGUGGAGGAGUACGGGGUCGGCGUGGAGGUGCUCGGGUGGCAGCAGGGGAUGGUCACGGCCGGGGAGCUGGAGGCCAAGGUGAGGCUGGUGAUGGAGGGCGAGGAAGGCGAGCGGCUCAGGGCACGGGUCGCCGAGCACAAGGAAGCCGCGGCGACGGCCUGGAAGAAGGACGGCGGCUCGUCGCGCGCUGCGUUUGGCCAGUUCCUGUCGGACGCAAGGCAGCCUCACGCAGCGGCAGGGCUGACACGCCCAAGAUGAUAAGGUGGGUCAGCUACAAUUCGGAAGCACCAAGCAUCGUUGCAUUUGCUCUGCAACUCUUUAGUAGUUUUUAGCGUGGUGUAUAUUCGUUCUAUCUGAACUUCUGAAGGGCUAGGAUUCAUUUCGGUUGUUUUGAGCUUCGCUGUGUGGCAAACUGGUAGCCGUGUUCGAUCGAUGCCUCGUCCUCUUCCCAACCAUACUUUUUUCUUGUUCUC